AUGGAUUUUGGAUCUUUGGAGACUGUUGUGGCCAAUUCUGCCUUCAUAGCUGCCCGGGGCAGCUUCGAUGCAAGUGGUAGUUCCCACUUAGCCCGGGACAAGAAAUACUUUUCAAAGCUCAAACUUCCUCCUCUCUCCAAAUGUGAAUCCCUACGGAACACUCUUAACUUAGACUUUGAAAACAUUUGCUCUGAGCAGCCUAUUGGCAAGCGCCUCUUUCAGCAGUUCCUAAAGAAUGAGGAGCAACAUGUCCCCGCGGUGGAGUUAUGGAGAGACAUUGAAGAUUACGACACUGCUGAUAAUGAUUUUCGCCUUCAGAAAGCCCAGGCCAUCCUUGCUGGCUACCUGGACCCCAACGCCAAGCUUUUCUGCAGCUUCCUAGAAGAGGGGAUGAUUGAGAAGGUCAAGGAGAAACACUCAAGCAUCCCCAAUGGACUAUUCCAGCCUCUUCUUCAAGCAACCCUGGGCUACCUGAGCGAAGCUCCCUUCCGAGAGUACUUGGAGAGUUUGUAUUUCAUGAGAUUCCUGCAGUGGAAAUGGCUGGAAGCCCAGCCCAUCGGGGAAGACUGGUUUUUGGACUUCAGGGUCUUGGGAAAAGGGGGUUUUGGGGAGGUUUCAGGUUGCCAGAUGAAAGCCUCAGGCAAGAUGUACGCCUGUAAAAAACUGAAUAAGAAGAGGCUGAAGAAAAGAAAAGGGUAUCAAGGUGCAAUUGUAGAGAAGAGAAUUCUAAGCAAGGUCCAUAGCAGAUUUAUAGUCUCUUUGGCCUAUGCAUUUGAAACCAAAACUGACCUCUGUUUGGUGAUGACAAUCAUGAAUGGAGGAGACUUAAGGUAUCACAUCUACAAUGUUAAUGAGGAGAAUCCUGGUUUUGAGGAAGCAAGAGCCAUCUUUUACAUUGCUCAGAUCAUCUGUGGCAUGGAACAUCUCCAUCAGAAGAGGAUUGUGUAUCGGGAUCUCAAACCAGAGAAUGUCCUAUUGGAUAAUGAUGGCAAUGUCCGUAUUUCUGAUCUUGGCCUUGCUGUGGAACUGAAGGAAGGAGAGACAAAGACAAAAGGUUAUGCAGGCACCCCAGGUUUCAUGGCGCCAGAAUUGCUUCAGAGUGAGGAAUACGAUUUCUCUGUGGACUACUUUGCCUUGGGGGUUACAUUAUAUGAGAUGAUUGCAGCCAGGGGACCUUUUCGAGCCAGAGGAGAAAAGAUUGAAAACAAAGAGCUCAAACAAAGAAUUAUUUCUGAUCCUGUGACAUACUCGGAGAAAUUUAGCAAGGCUAGCAAGGACUUCUGUGAAGGUCUUCUUGAAAAAAAUCCAGAGAAACGCCUUGGAUUCAAAAAUGGCAACUGUGAUGAGCUCCGAGCCAAUGUCCUCUUCAAGGACAUUAAUUGGAGGCAGCUAGAAGCUGGUACAUUGGAACCUCCUUUUAUUCCUGACUCUAGAACUGUCUAUGCAAAAAACAUUCAGGAUGUUGGUGCCUUUUCCACUGUUAAAGGGAUUGUCUUUGAUAAAACAGAUACAGAGUUCUUUCAGGAAUUUGCAACUGGAAAUUGUCCCAUACCCUGGCAGGAAGAGAUGAUUGAAAUGGGAAUUUUUGGGGACCUGAAUGUGUGGCGUGCUGAUGGCCAGAUGCCUGAUGACAUGAAGGGGACAGCUGUGGAAGAGCCAUCCUCAUCAUCUAAGUCAGGAAUGUGUUUGAUCUCCUAGAGAAAAGCUCACCGAAGGCCUGAGAAUCUUUUUCAUAGUUGUAACACUGGGAGACCAGGCCAAAAAAGGAAGAGAAGACCAGUCUACUUAGUAAAACCAAAUAAUGAUGAUUUAAAAAUCUGGGAAUCUCAGCUAUAUCAGUUCAUUUAAUUGAUGAUUAAUAUCUCUUCUUAAGCAAGUAGGCUUUGUCUGCUCUAGGCUGCCCCUAAUACAAUGGAUUGUCUCCUUAGCAAUGUAGCUAAUCGCUCAAACAAAGAACAAAGCAAAGGAAAGGAGUUAGUGAUAAAGGGUGGCCAUGAUGUACUGAAGUGUAUAACUAUCUAUUCUAUAAAAAUUGGUUUCGUUUGCCCUCAUACUGAAUCAGAAUGGACAAGAAAGAAUGAUUAACAAAGCCUUUACUAGCAACUCUGAUACCUGGGGUCUAAGACCUUGAGAACUAGAUCUUAUAGUGAGGAAAGACCCUGAAACAUCACACCACUGGGAGAAAAUGGAGACCUUGAAUUGCUGUUGGGGUGGCUACUUGAGGUGUAUGGUGAGGUAUGGGAAAAAGUGGAAAUGAGCAUGUGGAAGUGAGAUGUGGAAGCUAUGAUCUGGAGCUAGCAAAGGACCAAAACAUAUGUUGGAGGAGGAAAAGACUAUUUUAAUUAUAUUUUAAUAUAAUUUUAAAUAUAUAACACCC